ACGUACUCCUAUUUUGCAAUGGAUGCAAUAUUAAGGGACAGAUUAAGUCUUGUUGCUGCUUUAGGAGCAGGUGUUGUUGUUGGAAUUAGUGGAAUCUAUCUUUAUUACAAAGUAAACAAAUGUGUUACUAGAGAAUUAAAUCAUUUGUCAGGUACCAUUGACAGUUUGAGAAGAGAAAUAGAAGAAUUAAAAUCCAGUGCUUCUUUCAAUAAAGACAAAUCUGGUAGCUCUCCUGCUCAAAAAGGGAACAUUCUGAAUUCAACCACAGUCGGUAGUAAAUAUUACAGUUACACUAGCAGCUUGGAGGAUGCUGAUGAAGAAUAUUUUGAUUUUACUGAUACGGAAGAAGUUAUCGGCGCUUGGUCAACUGUUAAUGGUGCUGACGAAGACAUUCCAAGUGAAUCAAGUUUAACUGUUUUGUUGGAUGAACUCGAUGCUUUACUAGACUCCGAUUCUUCUGACAAAGAAUCAAUGUAUUUUCGACUGACAUCAAAAAAGGAAGAGUAUUCAGGUAGUGCAGAAUUUCUUUGGAGGCUGGCAAAGGUGACUCAUCUGUAUGGAAUUGUCGUUCAAGCUAGAGGAGAAAUAGAAAAAAGGAAACAAUUGGCCUUUGAAGCUUCAAACUAUGCAAAAAUGGCCUAUGAACUAGAUCAACAAAACCCUGAAGUUCAUAAAUGGUAUGCUAUUACAAUAGGAUCUCUUGGAGAUUACGUUGGUACACAAGAAAAGAUAGUAAAUGGUUACACAUUUAAGGAGCAUGUGGAUAAAGCAAUUUCUUUGAAGCCUUCAGAUCCUACUUUGUAUUAUAUGCUUGGACGCUGGUGCUAUGAGGUAGCUAUGUUGCCUUGGGUCCAAAGGAAAGUUGCUUCUACCUUGUUCUCUUCCCCUCCAGAAGCCAGUUUAGAAGAAGCCAGAGCAUAUUUAUUAAAAGCAGAUAAGUUGAAGCCAAACUGGAAAGAAAAUUUAUUAUUUCUAGCUAAGACAUAUAUAGGUGAAGGUGACUAUUCAAAAGCAAUUUCAGUAGUGGAUAGGGCUUUGAAAAUUCCUGUAAAUAGUGAAGAUGAUUCUCUUUCACAAAAUGAACUAGAAGGUCUGGAAUAUAAAUAUCAAACAUAUCGAGCCUCAGAAGAUGACUGA